CUACUACACUUAAUCAUUGGUUUAUAUAAGCAAGAAAGCAAAGCAUACUCGAAAAACAAAAGGCAUUACCCAAAACCAAACCCAAAAGGCAAAUCGAGCAAAGCAAGCAACGAUAAAGCAAAAAGCUUAAAAAAGUUUAGCCAAAACUUCCCUUAUCUCACCAAAAAAAAAAAUGGAGGAAUUCGAUGAAGACAUGACCCCAUUUUGGCUCCGAACCACCGACAACCGCCGCCUCCGCCGCCGCCAUCUCUUGUUCAAUACCGGUAUUAUUAUUAUCCUCUUAUUAGCCGUCGCAUUCGCUUUUAUCUUCAUCAUCAUCCCUUCCUUCUUGUCUUUCACUUCCAAAAUAUUCAAGCCACAACUCGUUAAAAAAUCAUGGGAUUCCCUCAACCUAGUCCUCGUACUUUUCGCCAUUAUCUGUGCUUUUCUUAGCAAAAGCAACGGCGACAAUGAUGCCAAUGAGACCCCAACUUCUUCUUACCAAGAUUACAAGUUUUCUUCGACACCGAGACAUGUUGACCAUCAUGUUCGAAGCUCAACUCCAGGUCAAUGGAGUUACGAUCACGCAUUGUCAUCAGAUCGGACGGCGUAUAACUCGCUGCGGAGGAUGAGAAGCAGCAGUUCAUAUCCAGAUCUACGUCAGGAAUCUACUUGGACAAUGAACGGCGAUGAUCGGUGGAGGUUUUAUGAUGAUACUGGGUUGUAUAAUUACCGGAGUAGGUCGAGGCGGGAGCAUGAUGAAGAACAAGUUUACUUAAAUAACUUAAAGGAUAUAGCUGUCGAUACUGUUCAUCGUACGUCUCCGCAGCUAGUGUCAGUUCCACCACCUGCAGCAGCCGCAGCAUCGCCUCCAACGCCGCCUCAGUCGCCUCCACCGCAGCCUCCUAAGGCUGUUAGAAGGAAACCUAAGCGGGCUUAUGAAGAUGUUCGACUUAGGGAGAGAAGUGAACGUAAGGAAGACGCGUACAGUGAGGUAACAAACAAGUAUUCUCUUCCAUCACCAUCAUCACCGCCGCCAACUAAGCCACCAGCUUCACCACCUCCACCUCCACCUCAUCCACCGCCUCCACCUCCGCCGCCGCCGCCAAUAUCUGGGUCGGAAAAGAGAAGUAAGAAGAGUGAGAAAAAGAGAGGUGGAGUGACUAAAGAAUUCUUAACUUCGUUAAGAAGAAAAAAGAAGAAGCAAAGGCAAAGAAGCGUGGAAAACCUUGAUGAAUUCUUCAACCUUGCAACACUUCCUUUAUAUCCACCCCCAUCGCCGCCGCCGCCGCCGCCACCUCCACCACUACCGUCGUUCUAUAACAUCUUCUCUUCCAAGAAAAACAAAGCCAGAAAGCAUCAUUCAACCUCUCCACCUCCAACGCUGCCACCGUCAAUGGAAGCGCGUGCAUCGAAAAGAGAACCCAAUAAACCACCUGUAACGACGAUCCAGAAAUCUCCUUUGCCAGUCAAGAUAAGAAACGUCAACAAUGUCGAAGAGAACGUCGAAAGUGGUAACGAAUCGCCGUUCAAUACAAUCCCUCCGCCGCCACCCCCUCCACCGUUUAAAAUGCCGGCGUGGAAGUUCGAAGUACAUGGUGAUUUCGUCAGAUUAAAAAGCAUCAACAGUUCAAGGAGUGGGUCACCGGAUUUGGAUGAUCCAUUAAGCGGUGAAUCGAGCCCUGCGGAUGGAAAUAAAACCGGACGUGUCGACGGCGGAGAAUCGAUGGCAGGCCCAUUGUUUUGUCCAAGCCCAGAUGUGAAUACCAAAGCUGAUCAUUUCAUUGCAAGGUUCAGGGCUGGUUUGAAGCUGGAGAAGAUAAACUCUGUCAAAGGGAGGUCUAAUCUCGGCCUUGAUCCAGGCCCAAGCUCUGUGUAAGAAGCAGAACCCUAUGAGUCAUUUAGUAUUUUUUUCCUGAAAAUUUGUUGAUUUGAGUUAUUCAUUCUCACCCUUACAUACACAGAAGAAGCUAAAUCACAGGAUUCUUUUUCUUUUUUGUCAUUUUUUCAUUAAGUACGAUUACAAUGUAUGUAUUUAUUCAAAUUGUUGUAGGUGAUUUUUUGUUGUUUCAUGUAUUAGAUAUUAUUGUAAAUUUGGGAUUCUUUUUGGUGUGAAAUAAAAGGCAAUCAAUCAUAUAA